UACUCCAGUAAAGCUCCACCUCUUCCUGUACGCAGACAGACACUGAGGACAGCACAUGUGAGACAUCAGAGCAGACAGCAGACAGACGGGCAGAGAGACGCUCUACCUGGACAUGGAUCACCUGUUGGUGCUGUUGCUGUUGCUGUGGAGCUCAGCACUGCAGACUGAAGGAACACCCAACUCAACAGAGUCUGAGGAGGUCAGGUUGGUGGGAGGAGACAGUCGCUGUGCAGGAACACUGGAGCUGAAACAUAAUGGAGACUGGAAACCAGUGUGGGACUUCGGCUGGACCCUGAAGGAAGCAAAUGUUGUCUGUAGAAAUCUGGAUUGUGGUUCUGCUGUUUCUGUAGGAGAGAGAGAGGAGUCUUCAGACAGACCUGUGUGGGUGAUCACCUCUAACUGUGUUCAGUCUGGAUCUUCUCUGAGGGACUGUGCAAGAUCAGUUUCCUCUUCCUCCAUCCUGAAUCACACCUGUUCAGGUAAGCCCAUCAAUGACAUCAUCAAUGACAUAUUUAAUGACAGUAAUGAUCCCAGCACCAUUGACUCUGUGAGGCUGGUGGAUGGGACUAGUCUGUGCUCAGGCAGACUGGAGGUGAAGUCUGACCAGUCUAACCAGUGGUGGUCCUCAGUGUGUGAAGAUGACUUUGACCAGCAGGAUGCAGAGGUGGUCUGUAGGGAGCUCGGCUGUGGGGCUCCUUCAGUCCUCCAGGGGGCGCUCUAUGGAGAAGUGGAGGCUCCAAUGUGGACCAAAGAGUUCCAGUGUGGAGGCCAUGAGUCUGCUCUCCUGGACUGUAGAAGCUCAGGCUCAGCUAGAAACACCUGCUCACCUGGAAAAGCUGUUGGACUCACCUGCUCAGAGUCUGUCAGGUUGGUGGGAGGAGGCAGUCGCUGUGCAGGAACACUGGAGCUGAAACAGGGAGACUGGAGACCAGUGGGAGGCUUAGAUCUGGCAUCAGAGGGGGGCCGAGACUGGACCCUGAAGGAAGCAAAUGUUGUCUGUAGAAAUCUGGACUGUGGUUCUGCUGUUUCUGUAGGAGAGAGAAAGGAGUCUUCAUACAGACCUGUGUGGUUGAUCUACUCUGAUUGUGUUCAGUCUGGAUCUUCUCUGAGGGAGUGUGCAAGAUCAGAAUCCUCUUCCUCCAUCCUGAAACUCACCUGUUCAGACUCUGUCAGGCUGGUGGAUGGGACUAGUCUGUGCUCAGGCAGACUGGAGGUGAAGUCUGACCAGUCUAACCAGUGGUGGUCCUCAGUGUGUGAAGAUGACUUUGACCAGCAGGAUGCAGAGGUGGUCUGUAGGGAGCUCGGCUGUGGGGCUCCUUCAGUCCUCCAGGGGGCGCUCUAUGGAGAAGUGGAGGCUCCAAUGUGGACCAAAGAGUUCCAGUGUGGAGGCCAUGAGUCUGCUCUCCUGGACUGUAGAAGCUCAGGCUCAGCUAGAAACACCUGCUCACCUGGAAAAGCUGUUGGACUCACCUGCUCAGAGUCUGUCAGGUUGGUGGGAGGAGACAGUCGCUGUGCAGGAACACUGGAGCUGAGACAUAAUGGAGACUGGAGACCAGUGGAGGGUCGAGGCUGGACCCUGAAGAAAGCAACUGUUGCCUGUAGAAAUCUGGACUGUGGUUCUGCUGUUUCUGUAGGAGAGAGAGAGGAUUCUUCAUACAGACCUUUGUGGGGGAUCUACUCUGAUUGUGUUCAGUCUGGAUCUUCUCUCAGGGAGUGUGCAAGAUCAGCUUCCUCUAUCGCUUCCUCCAUCCUGAAUCUCACCUGUUCAGGUCCUGUGUGUGCAUCAGUGGCUGCUGACUCAAACAUUGUGGAGGACAGGAGGAAAACCAACCCACAGCAUCGUGUUAUUUUACACUAGUUGGCAGAUUAUCUCUACUUUCUUC